AUGACUGGGCAGAGCAUGCAGGAGGUGCAUAGUUGGUCCCCUUGGCACCUUGCAAAAGUGGCAGCAGCAGUGAAAGCCCAGGCCCCAAACAGAUGUGUGAUGGAUGAUGGAAAACUACUUGUUUACAGACUCAGUGUUUUUGUCGUGUGCCUCCUUCAUAUGAUAGCAUUGAGGGCAGAACGAUUUACAGUGACUGGAUUAGAGAAGCCAGUCUUGGCUCCAUUUGGUGCAGUACUUGAGCUCAGUUGUCAGCUGUCUCCACCACAAAAUGCCCAGCACAUGGAGAUCCGCUGGUUCAGGACCCACUAUACACAACCUAUUAACCUAUACGAGGAUGGCAAAGACCUGUUUGGAAAAAUUAUCCCCAAGUAUGUAGAGAGAACAGAGCUCCUGAAAGAUGCCAUUGGAGAAGGGAAAGUGACCCUCAGGAUCUUUAAUGUCAAUCCUGAUGAUGACGGGCACUACCACUGCAUCUUCAAAGAUGGCAAGUUCUAUGAAGAGCACAUCACAGAAGUCAAGGUCAUUGCUGGGAGCUCCCGGGUUCAGAUUCUUGUUCAUCCUCCUACUACCAAAGGUGUCAUAGUGGAAUGUUACUCCAGAGGUUGGUUCCCACAACCUCACUUGGAAUGGAGAGACAGCAGAGGAGAGGUCAUUCCAGCUUCAUCAAAAUCCUACUCACGGGAUGAAGACAAAUUGUUUGAUAUGAAGAUGACACUUCUCCUUAGAGACAGCUCCCUCAGGAAUGUCACUUGUUGCAUUUGGAACCAUCUAACAGGCCAAGAAGAAAGCACAAGCAUUGUUCUACCAGUCGAAAUGUUUUCUUGGAAUUUUAUUUGGAAGAUGAUUGUGGGUGUGAUUCUGACUAUGAUGACACUCUUCAUAAUAAUACCCAGUUAUUUACUGAAGCAUGGGAAACUUAACAGUUGCCCCUGCAUAUGCAGAUCUCCUUUGCUUGUGGCCAUGGUAAUAACCAUUAUUUCUGUUGUUACACUCAUAUUACUCAUCUUCUGUUUGUACAGAAAAAAUAGAGUCUUUGUUUCAGAUGCACAAUUUGACUUGGAUGGUAUGUGGCUGGAUGACAUGACUAUGAUCCUGAGCAUGCUGAUGGUGUUCGUGGUCAUGCUCAUUACUUUUAUUUACUUCAUACUGAGAGACCUUCUGUUGAAAAUUGCCAAGUAUCGAGUCAUUCUGUAA